CCCCGCCCCCCGGUGGCUGGAGGCUCCAGGCUGCUGGUUGCUCGGCUAAUUCAACAUGUGUGCCCUCGCGAAGGCCGGCGCCUGGUCGCUGAACGCUGCGGCGCGAGCGGUCAUUCCCUGCCUUUGGAGAGGAAAAUAUUUCAGCUCCGGGAAAGAGCCGGUAGAAAACAACCCGGUGACUCCGAUGCUGCGGCAUCUUAUGUACAAAAUCAAGUCCACCGGCCCUAUCACUGUGGCCGAGUACAUGAAGGAGGUCUUGACCAACCCUGCCAAGGGAUAUUAUGUGUACCGUGACAUGCUAGGAGAAAAAGGAGAUUUUAUUACUUCGCCUGAAAUAAGUCAGAUCUUUGGGGAGCUGCUAGGGAUAUGGUUUGUUAGUGAAUGGAUGGCCAAUGGAAAAAGUGCAGCUUUCCAGCUGGUAGAACUGGGCCCAGGUCGGGGUACCCUCGCAGAAGAUAUUCUGAGGGUGUUUAGCCAGCUUGGAUCUGUGCUGAAAAACUGUGAGAUUUCGAUACAUCUAGUAGAGGUGAGCCAAAAAUUAAGUGAGAUUCAAGCGUUAACUCUGACUGAAGAGAAGGUUCCCUUAGAGCGAAGUGCUGGAUCCCCAGUAUAUAUGAAAGGUGUUACUAAGUCUGGGAUUCCAAUUUCCUGGUACCGAGAUCUGCAGGAUGUUCCAAAAGGAUACAGCUUUUAUCUUGCACAUGAAUUUUUUGACGUUCUUCCUAUCCACAAGUUUCAGAAAACCCCACAAGGAUGGCGAGAAGUAUUGAUUGACAUUGAUCCACAAGGCUCUGAUAAACUGAGGUUCGUUUUGGCGCCUUGUGCCACCCCAGCACAGGCCUUCAUACAACAUGAUGAAACAAGGGAUCACGUGGAAGUGUGUCCUGAUGCUGGUGUUAUUAUCCAGGAGCUUUCUCAGCGCAUUGAGCUGAUGGGAGGGGCCGCACUGAUUGCUGAUUAUGGUCACGAUGGGACUAAGACAGACACCUUCAGAGGGUUUUGUGGCCACAAGCUUCAUGAUGUCUUAAUUGCCCCAGGAACAGCAGACCUAACCGCUGACGUGGACUUCAGUUAUUUGCGCAGAAUGGUACAGGGGAGCGUGGCUUCUCUGGGCCCAGUAACACAACAAAUGUUUUUAAAAAAUAUGGGCAUUGAUGUCCGGCUAAAGGUUCUUUUAGAUAAAUCAGCCGAGCCAUCAUUGAGACAGCAGUUACUUCAGGGGUAUGAUAUGUUAAUGAACCCCAAAAAGAUGGGAGAAAGAUUUAACUUUUUUGCCUUGCUGCCUCAUCAGAGACUUUGUGGUAGAAGCCAACAGAUAAAUGCACAGAAGUCAAAACCUUCUCCAUCACCUGUAGCUGGAUUUAGUGAACUUGCUUGGCAGUGAUAUUUCAACUUUGGACUUUUUGUCCCCAAGUCUGUCUAAGAAACCAAAAUAAAGGGAAUUAAUUUCAUAUAUCACAGGUAAAAUAAGUAUUUUAUCUCUUCAUAGUCAAUAAAAAUGGCCCAUUUUAUAUACAGUA